GCUAUCUCACACAUGCACCUGCACCAAAACAUUAAAUACUUAGCAAUGACCUUUACCUGAGAGAUAAUUAUAUUGUUACUUCUUGGAGGCUGGCCUACUGAGAGCACUAAUACAAUACGUUAUGUUUCGCAUAAUCCAAUAAUUGUUGCAUCUUUAAGUUGACCAAAUUCAACUGAACAAAGAAUUACCCUUUCAAUAUUCUUCUCGUAGAACAUUUUUUGAAGUCUUUAUCAGUGAGUCCAAACAGGAACAACGAAGUAAAAUUACUUCAUUACUGUACUUGAGUAGAUUUCAGUAUCUGUACUUUACUUGAGUACAAAUGUAAGCAGGAAUUGUGCAUUAUUAUUAUAAUUUCAUUAUUGGUGUUUUGGCUCAUUUCAAUUUAAUUUGAUUAUGCAAUUAUGUUUUCAAAUGUAAUGCAGCGUUAAUUUCUAUUCAAUAUUUAUGUUGUAUAAUUUUAGUUCCCAUUCGAAUAUUCGUUCUGGCCAGGUUGUGUUGUGGUAGGAUGUUUUAAGUUGGGACACGAGAGUUCCUGGUGCCGGGCUGCGAGAAUAUAGACGCAGAGUUAAGACUGUUCUGCCAUGUCGGUCAUUAUUUUAGUAGAGAAGAUGGAGUAAAUGCACCACAACAAUUAAACUGUAACCCGAUCCACCCACAGCUCCACAGGCACGGAAAGUAAGGGUUACACAAAUAACAAGUAGUACUUUUUACUUCACUGCAUUGUACAGCACAUAUUUGUACUUUUUACUCUACAGCUUUUCAAAUUUUCGCCUGCGUUACACAUUACUUUUGUUUUGUUUUUUCUCAUUGUGAAUUGAUAGUUUCAUUUUCAUGACUGCGGCGCAAUCAAUUAGCCCCGUGCAACUAUACUGUAACAAAGCAUUAGCGGCAGCAACACGAGUACAAGCAAGAUUAGGCAUGUGAACAAGAUGGUGACCAAUAAAAACCACAAUCAAUAAAUUUUCUGGUUAUUUGAAUAUUGGCUAAGAUCUCCGCAUCUCUCAUUUUUGCAUAGGGGGAAAGUACUUUUACUUUUUAUCUGUAAAUUUUAAAGCAAGUACUUUCGUACUUGAGUAUAUAUUUUUUUCUUAGAUACUUGUACUUAAGUAUUUUUUUUUUUUUGCCCCUAUAUCUGUAUUUUUACUUAAAGUGCAUGUGACACGAAAAAGCAUGUUUAUUUCAUAAUACACGCGGUAAUUUAUGCUCCUGAAUGAUAUGGACCGCUUGGAUGUGUGUGGAAGCGAUCGCUGUAUUUAUGUAGUUUUUUCAAUCCCGCGCCAUGAAAAUGAGUGACUUCCGGCUUUGGUCUUAGAUUGAGGAGGAGGGCGCUGUGACGUGUACGGUAGAAGGCGUCCUCUUCACUAUACAGCAUACUGUUGUGUAUGAGGACAAAGGAUUCAGCUGAUUUUGCGGAUUAAUACGUUUAUUUUUCGCAUCACGCCAGCCAAACGGCUGCAGAAAAAUCAUUCUGUAUGAGGGAGAGGCGUAUGUGCCUUUUUGGAGUUUCAAAAGGUUCCCAUUCACCGUGGAUAUUGGCCAAAACAAGCCUGACGACUACUGUGGGACCAUUGGACUUACGAGGAAGUGAGUAAACAUCUUGUUUAGUAUUAUGUCAAAUAUUAAUACAGCUAUUACAAAGUAAACACAACAAACCUUCUUUAAAUAAAGGACUACUUACGUUUGAUCAUUGAUAGGCAUGUAAAAAGCUCUCCUGAUGCACAUCAGCAGUUAGCUGCACAACAACUGCAGCCACCCUCCUCCGGGGAACGAACUGUAAAUUGCUCUCCGCCGGGCGAUUUGCCCAUCCGCGAAUACAAUCAGCAACCCAGUCGUCAUGUCAAAUAAUGCAGACUAGUUAUGUGUGAUUUUCCGCUCCGAAGACUUUGAAACAUCACUUGGUUCAGGUUAGCAUGUCGGCUAGCUGUCACGCCUUUUGGUUUGUUUACAUUCUCCGAAGCCGGGGAAGGGAAAUGACAUAUGUCCGAUUUAGGUGUCAUAAAAUAUCGUCCGGGAGGUGCGACAGUAAAGGUGAAGUCGACAGUUUUGACCAUUAUGGAGUAAUUUUGCCAUGUCGUCCUGAAUAAAUGCAUUUUUAUUAUUUCAUAUUCCAUUUAGCACGACUUAUUUGUCAUGACCAUGCCAUUUAUUUAGCAAUUGGGGAAAAUACUUGGAUAAAAAGAAUAUCCUGUAAAAAUAUUGAAGAGACAGAAACAAUGACAUUUUGCUGCUCUCUUCGUUGCGUUUUCCUCGUUGUGAAUAGUUCCCCCCCGACGGGCUGACUGGUCCUUCUCAAGCCAUUUAUAUAGCUAUUGGGGAAAAAUACUUGGAUAAAAAGAAUUUCCUGUAAAAUAUUGAAGUAAAGAGACAGAAACAAUGACAUUUUGCUGCUCUCUUCCUUGCGUUUUCCUUGUUGUGAAUAGUUCCCCCCCGACGGGCUGACUGGUCCUUCUCAAGCCAUUUAUAUAGCUAUUGGGGGAAAAUAUUUGGAUAAAAAGAAUAUCCUGUAAAAAUAUUUGAGUAGAGAGACUGAAACAAUGACAUUUUGCGGCUCUCUUCGUCGCGUUUCCUCGUUCUGAAUAAUUGUCCCUCAAUGGGCUGAAUAGUAAAACCGAUGAGCCCAGUCUACCGCUGACGUCAUCCACCUGUUGGGGACGCUAAAGCCCUAUAAUGGUAGGCGUGGCUAACCGGCAGAUUAAAAGACUAAUUUCUCGUCAUCUGCGCUUUGCUAAGUUGUUGUAUAUAGUCAAAUCGUCUCAAAAUAUGAUUCUAAUUCACAUAAUAAUGCCAUUUAAGACUUUUUUUUCUCCUGUUGUAUGCUCUUUAAAGCAGAAGUUCAGAAUUUUUUACUUUAGGCUUUAGGCGUUUAAUUAGUUGGUGGAGUUGAUUUCAGCAAAUUCCGUCUAAUUUGUCAGUUAUUUGUUAGAUUCAGGGCUCCAGAGUGGCUCAGUUAGCGUCAGUCAAUGAUCCCAUCUUAACAUGUCAAUAAAAAAAUAUUAACAGAUCUAACAUAUUCAAAUAAAUUCAAAAUGCCGAUCAUUGUUCCAAAUAUCCAUGCGGCCAAAACAAUGUCACACCAAACUGUCGUAAUUCAUUAUAUUCUUUAGCACUAUUUUUUUUGAUUGCGUAAUGCGACCACAAUAGAGAGGAGUGCUUCAGCCACUCGUGCUCAUGCUGCAUUCGAGGAAGAUGGGAAGACUUCUCCCGCUCAGAAGGUACAAGUUGCGACCUCAAAGCAUUCCAAGCGAAUGUAAAACAUCAAGAUGGCUGAUUGCGACGAGUUGUUUAUUAUUUUUGCCAUCAAAAGACAUGUUGACCUCCAGCAAACCUACCUUCUCGUAAGCGAUCAAAUAGUUGAGGAAAAACAACCGCUAAAGUAAAUACCACACACUGUAAAGUGUAAAUUCCCUCAUUUAGUUUUACUAUUGACUCUGCUUUUCGACGGCAACACCAUUUUGUUGAGUGACAUCAGAUUGAAGCAAACUCGUGAAGUCGGGGUAGUUUUUUUUUUUUUUUUUUUUUUUUUCCCAGUUCGAGUGGCGUUCCAAUUUUUUCUGGUCGGAGGUUGGAAAGCACAGACUUCUCACCUUCCUCGAAUGCAGCAUCAGUCUACCGAGUCUUGACUGAAGAACGGUACCAUGGUGAAGUGUGCAUUUAGAGGCUGUGGAAACAGAAGAAAUGGGAAAAUGAAAGUUUCCACAAAUUCCCUAUGAAGAACAAGGAACAAUUUAAACUGUGGUUAUUUGCUGCUGGCUACGACAUAAACACACCGGUGGAAAAAAUAUCACUCCGCUCUGCAGCCUGUUCCCUGCAGAGCAGCUGCAUUACAAAUGUUGCUGUUCAUACUACAAUUAUUGACACACAAUGGUAAGUUUUAAUAACUUUAUCGUGAAAACAUAGCCAACACUAUUGAUUGAAUGGGUCAUCAGUGAUUCUCAUGCGUUUAUAAUUUUUACUGGCAUGCUAAGAUGGGACCAUUGACUCGCACUAGCUUAGCCAAUCCAGAGCCUUGAAACUAAUAAAUAACUGUCAAACUCACAAAUCACUCUGUUACUGUCUGUGAAUGCGGAAUAAAAGAUUGGACCCAAGAGCUGACAACAAUGGCGUACCGCAAGCAACCAGUCACCUUUGCUCAUUAAUAUUCAUAUGGAUGGAUAGACGUUAGCUAUUGUUGCUAGGUGGGUCAACCUCUCGUUUUUCCCUAAUAGUAAAUGCAUGGAAAUAGUGUACGGACGAGAUGUUUCCUGAGCUAAACCUACCAAUUCUGUCCAAAAAUGAUGUCCCUGGAGCCAAAUUCACCGCUAAAGAUGUGAAAGAACAUACAAAUGUUCAGUUAAAGAGAUGGCUUAAGUGUCGAGGGCUGAAAAAGAUGGGAAAAAGAGCCGACCUGAUCCAGCGGUAGCUUUUUUAUCUACGCUUUUUUUCUUGUAUUUUUGAGUAGCGAUCGCAAAUACUGCUCAGUGACAGCCAACAUGCACUUUUAAUUUUUACUUUCAUAACAAAUCUUGAUUCUAUAAUUUAUUUACACCCCCCCCCUUUUUUUUUAACAACAGAAAAGGUAACAACAGUGGCAGUCAGAUACCAUUUUAAUUUUUUUCAGGUCAUUCAUUGUCAGACGCUAAAAAAACGAGUAAAAUUUCCAAAUGGCUUACUUCUUCGUCCUUUUGAAGGACCAUGGCCCCCAACAAAAUGUUUACUGCAUAUAAAAUUUGGAUGAUUUCAUCUUGCUGGCGUUAAACUGGUCUUUUUGACGUCCGCACAAGUUGAUCCAUUCUUCAUUUUUUUCCUCCAAGUUUUUGGUUUCGGGAAACGUAUGAAGAAAACAGCCUUCAUAUAUCGUAAUGUCGAGAGUCAUUUCUACAAGUUCCAUAGCAGCGGUGUUUACUCGACAUGUUCUUUUUUGAAAGAUUACCGGAGAAAAGAAGCAGAAAUAACAUGGAUUGUAUGCGAGAGCGUGUCUAUAAUAACCCACUUACGAUGGCGACGUCACGGUUUAAAAAUAGCAUUCGUUCUGUACGCUAUUGAGGGGAUGCAAACACGGUUUUAUUAAUACAAGCAAAACAAACACGCGAUCGCGGAAAAGGGGGAACAACAAGAAGGGUCCAUGACAAGAGGUCGACGGGGCUCAAAUAACACUAAACAAAGUGGUUGGCAGAUAGCCAAUAAGGUAUCAAAAAAUGAACAUACUCAAUACCUGCACAAGGUAGAGGAAUCACAAAACAAAAAACAGCUGACAAACAAGCAAGCAAAUACAAUGAGCCUCGAAAGUACAAGUGUCGAAUGGCGAUCAGCAAGUUAAUAUCUCGGCACCGUUGUUAUGGCUCGCCGGCGUUUAUAUAUUACUGUUGAUUAGCUGGAAUUACUGGCAGGUGCGAUGUCGGGAACGCCCCCACAGCUCUGUAACCAAACAAAUCUGACCAGCAGCAGAAUGUGACACACUCUUUGUCUCAAGUGCUUACCCUGGCAUAAGAAUGAAUUUAUUGGCUGUCAUCUUUUGGCAAUGACAUUGUAUUUCUGGAUUAUUUCGUUAGUUUUUAGCCCUUAAAAAAAAAAAUACUUUUUUUUUUUUUUUUUUUUUUUUUUUAAAUAAAAAACCUGAUCCUUUUCACCCGAUUCCAAUCCUGUGAAAAAUAGCCCGAUUUCCGAUCAUGUGAUUGGAUCGGCGACAUCCCUAGUUUUUACCUGUGAGCUGACACCUUUAAUAUUUCACUCAAAGCACAUUGAAGUACCCUGUUGUUAAAAUAAAUCUGAGCUAUACAAGUCGGUUGCCUCAUCUUGCCAGCAGUCUAUCCAUUUUGUAUAAACCCAAUCACUGUAAUCACACAGUGAGGGUUCGCCCUGGACUGGUAUUGAUUUCAAUCUUUAAUAUUAAAACAAAUUAGGCAAGAAACAUUAAUGUGUUAUAACGCGGUAUAAAGUUUUUUAAAUAUUUUCCUCUUGUAGUUCCACAGUUUGAGCAGAAGAGGGUAGUGGAUGUUCAAUAUGUUUCAGGUCACCAAGCAUUAUUUGACCCUUAUUUUUUUUGUCUGGUAUCGUCUUAGUUUCACAUUUAUUGAUUCAUGUUUCCAGUGGCUGUCCACCUGUGCUGCUCCUACUGGACCAAUAUAUAUUUGAUUUCUACACCCGUCACUCAGCUCAACCUUGGACAGGAAUAUCAUUAAAUCAAAGUAUCCCCACAUUAAUGUAAACUUGGAUUGAUGUCAUUAACACAUGUUCAAAUGCAGCCGCCAGGCAAUUUAGCAGCCUUUGAGCUUCCUCUUCCUAAAGUUGCCAAAUGAUGCAAAUGUGGCCUUCGCAUCCUGGCAGCAUCUCCCUCAUGGUGAUAAGGACUCAUGAAUAAUUUCUGUUUUGAACUUAAAAGAGAGAGGGAGCGCGUGACAGACUGGUGAACUUCAAAUGCAAAGACGCAUCUGGUUGCACGGAGAGAAUUCACGUGAUGAAUUCUUAUUUCUGGUACAAGAAGAUAUGUUUCGAAAAUUAAUGAGUACCUAUGGGGUUUGUUAUAGUAAAUAAAUCCUCAGUUGGGAUGGUUGGUACUUGUAGAAUAGAAUGGAAUGCCUUUUUUAGUCAUUGUAUAUACAAGGGAUGGAACCAAAUAUCAACACAGUACACAGUAACGUGUCUACGCCAAAAUUUAUUUUUGUGGUGUUUGUUUGUUUGUUUGUUUGUUUUUUUUCUCUGACUAAAUGUGGGCAUUCGCUCCUGAAAGAUUAUGUAUUGCAAUUAAUAUGUGUAUAUACAUAUUUUAGCUAUACCUGUACACUACAUUUUCCUCAAAAUCUUUUACUGUCCUGGGUUGCUAUCCUUUUUCUGGCUAUCGUAAUAACUAAAAGUGCAGUUGGCUGAUCAAUCGGGGCUCGUUUAAUAAAUUUUGGGGAACGGUGAUCGUUUUAUGACGAAAAAUAUAAACAAUCUUGUCCAUCGAUCGUGUUAGUCAGUUAGCCACUUUAGCAUGCUAGCAUUUGGUCGCAGAAAGUGGUGCUCAUUAAUGUGGGCAUGGGUCCAAAGGGUGUGUGGACUUUAGAGGAAAAGGGAGAGACCCCUCACUUUGAGACAACAUUUGAAGAGGCCCGACCCAGCCUUACUCACAUGGCCCUGCUGGGACUCCAAAGGGCCGGAUACCUCAAGUAUCUCAUCAGCCAAAAUGUGGAUGGCCUCCAUGUGCGAUCUGGCUUUCCAAGAGACUUGUUAUCAGAGCUUCAUGGAAACAUGUUCGUGGAGGAAUGCGAGAAGUGUUGCCGGCAGUUUGUCCGGGAAAAGGUGAUUGGCGUGAUGGGUCUCAAACCAACAGGACGUUACUGUGAUGUAGUGCGUUCCAGGGGACUUCGAGCCUGCAGAGGGAAGUUGAUCAGCACCAUAUUAGAUUGGGAAGACGCACUACCUGACAGAGAUUUGAACAAAGCAGACAAUGCAAGCAGACAAGCCGACCUAGCACUGACAUUGGGCACCUCCAUGCAGAUCAAACCCAGCGGAGACCUUCCAUUGGUCACCAAGCGCAAAGGCGGGAAAGUGGUCAUUGUCAAUCUGCAACCCACCAAGCAUGACAAGCAUGCUCACCUGCGUAUCAAUGGAUAUGUGGAUGAUGUCAUGAAGCAGCUAAUGGAGCACUUGGGAUUGGACAUACCAAAGUGGGAGGGGCCAACUGUGUGUGAGAGCAGUGACAUGAAGCCCCCGCUCGCUCUCAGUGCGGAUGUGAAGGUCAAAGGUAAGAUUGUAAAGGAGGAAAAAAAACGAGAAGCAGACAGCGACGUCAUCAAAGAAGAGUCGGUUAAAGUAAAAAAAGAAAGGAAAGAUCUUCCAGUGGGAAUGAAAGAUGUCAAGUAGCCUCAGGUCUUGUCCUCAGCAAAGAUGACAAGUAGCCUCAGGUCUUGUCCUCAGCAAAAAUGCAUCCUGCCCCAAGAAACAAACCUGAUUGAUCAUGAAGUUCUGUUACCUUUUUAUGCCCAAUGGAACUCACUUUGUCUAUCUUUUAGUCUUCUCAAUCUUAAAUGCCAAUUACCGUAAGUAGUCUCCUCAGUUUGAACAAACACAAACUGACACUGAAAGUGUGAAUAUAAAACAUUUACACACCUAAGCAUGCAAAUGUCAGGUUUUUUGUGACAGCAAAAAUUACACCAAGAUUAAUCAUUUUAAAACAUGUACAACUCAUUUGAAACCAAAAUGUUUGGGAGUAGGGAAGUAAAUAUUAGAUUGUCAGAGGUUUGCACACCCUCAAGCGACACAGUGACUACAGUCAUCUACAACUGGAGAAAAUAUGGCACAUCAGUCACAUAACCAAGAACUGGACGUCCCUCCAAAAUUGAUGAGAAGAUGAAAAGAAAAUUGGUCAGGGAGGCUUCCAAGAGGCUGACUGCAACAUCAAACAAGUGGCAGUACUGGUUAUUUAUCUGACAUGUUUCUGUGUUAUUGGAGAGGGUGACAAGACUGAGGACUAUAUAUGGGUAAAUGUGUUGAAGGCCAAUGAAAACAAGGUUCAAUUUUUGGGCCAAAUUUCCAAAAAUGUAUGUUGAAUGCAAGGCUUCUGCUUGGAACUUUUUUUUAAAGCCAAGAAUAGCCUAUAUAACAUCUAACCUUUCAUUGAGGUUUAUCGUACGCUCAUUUAUCAAAAACCAAGAUUUUGAUGGAAAAUCAAAAUCAGGUUAACAUACCUCUUGUACUGUGGUGUGUACACAUGUUCUGAAAUUACUGUAUUUUUCAACUGAUUUGUACUGUUUAUAUAUUGUUGGUCACAUUAACGGUGGACCAUUUGAAUGUUUUUCUUUUUUUUUGGAAAUUUUGGUUAAUUAAAAUUUUUUUUUUUUUUAAUUGCGAAUAAAAUGUAAGGCAUUUGAACAGGUGUGUGUAUACUUUUUUUUAUAUCUACUGUACAAGAAGAUAUGUUUUUUUUCUCAUGUUUGGAUCUAAAAACAUGUAGAGCACAUGGUUAUAAAUAAUAGUUUAAUAAGCUGCACUGAUGUGUGUAUACAUUAUUAAAUAUAGAUUUUUAACUUUGAACUCUACAUAUUGUCCCUUUGGGAAAAUGAACAUCUUGUAUGAAUGCUGUCAAUUUUACAUGAUGUAGAACAUCUUGUCUUAUAGACGGUUAUGUAUAAGUCAAGAAAAAAUGUUUUUUGUAACGAGAUCAUUGUUAUGCAACAUAUUUUUAUCUCAGGAAAUUUUUUUUGUACUUGUAUUUUAGUAAUAAAUCUAU